AUGCCUGAUAUAGUGUGUGACAGUAUGUCUAAUAUAGUGUGUGACAGUAUGCCUGACAUAUUGUGUGAUAGUGUGAUUGAUAUAGUGUGUGCCAAUGUGACUUAUAUAGUGUGUGCCAGUGUGUGUGAUAUAGUGUUUGACAGUAUGCCUGAUAUAGUGUGUGACAGUGUGACUGAUAUAGUGUUUGACAGUGUGAUUGAUAUAGUGUGUGCCAAUGUGACUGAUAUAGUGUUUGACAGUGUGACUGAUAUAGUGUGUGACAGUGUGACUGGUAUAAUGUGUGACAGUGUGACUGACAUAGUGUGUGACAGUGUGACUGAUAUAGUGCGUGACAGUGUGACUGAUAUAAUGUGUUACAAUGUGACUGACAUAGUGUGUGACAGUGUGAUUGAUAUAGUGUGUGCCAGUGUGACUUAUAUAGUGUGUGCCAGUGUGACUGACAUAGUGUGUGACAGUAUGACUGAUAUAGUGUGUGACAGUGUGACUGACAUAGUGUGUGACAGUGUGAUUGAUAUAGUGUGUGCCAAUGUGACUUAUAUCAUGUGUGCCAGUGUGCCUGAUAUAGUGUGUGACAGUGUGACUGACAUAGUUUGUGCCAGUGUGACUGAUAUAGUGUGUGACAGUGUGACUGAUAUAGUGUGUGACAGUGUGACUGACAUAGUGUGUGACAGUGUGAUUGAUAUAGUGUGUGCCAAUGUGACUUAUAUCAUGUGUGCCAGUGUGCCUGAUAUAGUGUGUGACAGUGUGACUGAUAUAGUGUAUGACAGUGUGUCCGAUAUAGUGUUUGACAGUGUGACAUAUAUGGUGUUUGACAGUGUGGCUGAUACAGUGUGUGUCAGUGUGACUAAUGUAGUGUGUGCCAGUGUGAUAUAG